AGCGGCCACCGCAGCUGGGUCAUGGCAGACUACUCAACGGUCCCCCCUCCGGCCUCGGGCUCGGGCGGCGGCGGCGGCGGCGGCAGCGGCGUCAAUGACGCCUUUAAGGACGCGCUGCAGCGAGCGCGGCAGAUUGCAGCCAAAAUUGGAGGUGAUGCAGGCACGUCACUGAAUUCAAAUGAUUAUGGUUAUGGGGGACAGAAAAGGCCUUUGGAGGAUGGAGAUGGCUCUUGGACAAGUCCGAGCAGUACAACACACUGGGAGGGAAUGCCCUCUCCUUUUAAAGAUCAACCAGAUGCUAAGAAGGUCGCUCCUCAGAAUGAUGCCUUUGGAACCCAAUUACCGCCAAUGCAUCAGCAACAAAGGUCAGUAAUGACAGAAGAAUACAAAGUUCCAGAUGGAAUGGUUGGAUUCAUAAUCGGCAGAGGAGGUGAGCAGAUUUCACGCAUACAGCAGGAGUCUGGAUGCAAAAUACAAAUCGCUCCUGACAGCGGUGGCCUGCCCGAAAGGUCUUGUAUGUUAACCGGGACCCCUGAGUCUGUUCAGUCAGCCAAGCGGUUACUUGACCAGAUUGUUGAGAAGGGAAGGCCAGCCCCCGGCUUUCAUCAUGGGGAUGGACCAGGCAAUGCAGUUCAAGAAAUCAUGAUCCCAGCCAGCAAGGCUGGCCUAGUUAUUGGAAAAGGCGGCGAGACUAUUAAGCAGCUUCAGGAACGAGCUGGUGUUAAGAUGGUGAUGAUUCAGGAUGGGCCCCAAAACACUGGUGCUGACAAGCCUCUGAGGAUCACAGGCGACCCUUACAAAGUGCAGCAAGCUAAGGAAAUGGUCUUGGAGUUAAUCCGUGAUCAAGGUGGUUUCAGAGAGGUGCGCAAUGAAUAUGGGUCAAGAAUAGGAGGAAAUGAAGGCAUAGAUGUCCCUAUACCAAGAUUUGCUGUGGGGAUUGUGAUCGGCAGAAACGGCGAGAUGAUCAAAAAGAUUCAGAAUGAUGCUGGUGUUCGGAUCCAAUUCAAGCCAGAUGAUGGGACUACCCCAGAUCGAAUAGCCCAGAUCACAGGCCCUCCAGACAGGUGUCAGCAUGCAGCAGAAAUUAUCACUGACCUCCUUCGAAGCAUUCAGGCUGGUAACCCUGGUGGACCAGGACCUGGUGGUCGAGGCCGAGGCCGAGGCCAAGGCAACUGGAGCAUGGGACCCCCCGGUGGGCUGCAGGAAUUUAACUUUAUCGUUCCAACUGGGAAAACUGGAUUAAUCAUCGGAAAAGGUGGAGAAACUAUCAAAAGCAUAAGCCAACAGUCCGGUGCUAGAAUAGAACUUCAGAGAAACCCUCCUCCGAAUGCAGACCCUAACAUGAAGUUAUUUACAAUACGGGGAACUCCACAGCAGAUCGAUUAUGCAAGGCAGCUCAUAGAGGAGAAGAUUGGUGGUCCAGUCAAUCCCUUAGGUCCACCUGUUCCCCAUGGGCCUCACGGUGUGCCAGGCCCCCACGGGCCUCCAGGGCCUCCGGGGCCUGGAAAUCCAAUGGGGCCCUACAAUCCUGCACCUUAUAAUCCAGGACCACCAGGCCCUGCUCCUCAUGGUCCUCCAGCUCCGUAUGCUCCCCAAGGGUGGGGAAAUGCCUAUCCCCAUUGGCAGCAGCAGAACCCACCUGAUCCAGCAAAAACAGGUACAGACCCAAAUUCUGCAGCUUGGGCUGCUUAUUAUGCUCAUUAUUAUCAGCAGCAAGCACAGCCACCGCCUGCAGCUCCAACAGGUGCACCAGCUACAACUCAAACUAACGGACAAGGAGAUCAGCAAAAUCCAGCUCCAACUGGACAGGUUGAUUAUACGAAGGCUUGGGAAGAGUACUACAAGAAAAUGGGUCAACAAGGGCAGACACAGGAUUAUUCAAAGGCUUGGGAGGAAUAUUACAAGAAGCAAGGUCAAGCUGUUCCUGCUCCCACUGGGGCCCCCCCGGGUGGCCAGCCUGAUUACAGUGCGGCCUGGGCUGAAUACUACCGACAGCAGGCCGCCUACUAUGCGCAGACCAGCCCCCAAGGGAUGCCGCAGCACCCACCAGCCCCACAGGGCCAAUAAUAAGAAGUGGACAAUACAGUAUUUGCUUCAUUGUGUGGGGGAAAAAAACCUUUGUUAAAUGUAUGGAUGCAGACGCCUUGAUGAAGAUCUUAAUUUUGUUUUGGUUUAAAAAAAUAGUGUUUUUUGAAAAUGUACAAAAUAUCUAUCACUACUGAUAGGAGGUAAUAUUUCUGUGUAGAAAUGAACAUUGGUUUGUUUUUAGUAUCUUAGUGUAGAUGUACACAUUCCAGCAAAUGUAUUUGCAACUAUUAUGUGGUCAAUGCUUUGUGAUAUAAAUGUACUUUUUCAAUGUAUACUUUCACUUUUAAAAUGCCUGUUUUGUGCUUUACAAUAAAUAAUAUGAAACCUCC